CCGCUUCCUACAUAGCCCUCCUAUCAUGGUGGCCGUCCUCGCUCGCGCGGCAGUCUCCUUGGCACUGCUGGCCGUUGCCGCCGCGGCCCCGGCGCCGCUGGCUGACCGUGCUGUGCCGACGCUGCCCAGCAAGGACCCCUUCUACGGCGUGCCUGACGACAUCGAGUCUGCGGCGCCGGGGACCAUUCUCCGGCAUCGCGAGCCGCCCAACGCGAUCGCCACGUUCGGGCUGUUGCGGGUCAACCUCGAAGCCACGCACCAGCUACUAUACCGCACGACCGACAACCUCGGCAAAGCCACGGCCACGGUCCUCACCGUCCUGAUACCACACAAUGCGGACAGGUCCAAGGUACUGUCGUACCAGGUCGCCACGGACGCGCCGUCCAUCGACUGCGCCCCGUCGUACGCCUUCCAGCUCGAGUCGGCCACGGGCCCGCUGCUUGGGACCCUCGUCUCGCAGGUCGAGCUGCUGCUCAUAGAGGCCAUCCUCGAGCAGGGCUGGGUCGUCAUCGUGCCCGACUUUCAGGGGCCACAGGGCGCGUUUCUCGCCAACGUGCUCGGCGGGAAUGCCGUCCUAGACGGCAUUCGCGCCGUCAUCAACUCAGCAGACACGACGGGCAUCCGCAAGCCGACCGUCACUAUGUGGGGAUACUCAGGUGGCUCCUUGCCCACCAACUGGGCGGCCGAGCUGCAGCCGACGUACGCGCCCGAGCUCAGCAUUGCCGGUGCUGCCGUCGGCGGCACGGUACCCAACAUCACCACUGUCGUCACGACCGUCAACAAGGGCCCCAUUGCCGGCCUGAUCCCUUCGGGAAUUCUUGGCCUCUCCCUCCAGUACCCGGAGAUCAAAGCCGUCGUUGACAAACACCUCAAGCCCGAGUACGUCGAACGGUUCCACAAGACGACGAAGCAGUGCGCCGUGGCCAGCAUGGCCAACUUCCUAUUCGCCGACGUGCUCCAGAUGUUUGACGACAGGUCGCUCAUCUAUACGGACCCGACGGCGGUGCGCAUCCUCGAUGACAAUGCGCUUGGCAAGGUGACGCCAAGCAUCCCCCUUUACUGGUACAAGUCGGUGCUGGACGAAGACAGCCCCAUAUCGGACUCGGACGCUUUGGUGAGUAAGUACUGUGCGGAGGGCGCGUCGAUUGAGUAUGUCAGGGACCUCAUGUCGGAGCACGGCAGCUGCGCCAUUGUUGGCGCGCCCAAGGCGCUUUCGUGGCUCAAAGGCAUCAUGGACGGCCGGGUGCCGAGCCGGGGCUGCUCCAAGAAGACAACAGUGUCGACGCUGCUCGACCCGGCAACGUUUAAGAUCCUGCCCAAGGCGCUGAUUGAGCUGCUGUUGGACCUGCUAGGCAAACCGGUAGGGCCCCAUCUUGUCUAA